AUGCCAAUUGGAAUAGAAUCCAUCCUUCCAUAUACGAGAGGGGGUAAGCUUCCCUAUUGGCUCUUAUUUAUUUCAAUAGUCUCAAUUUUCAACUCAGUGCAAUCGUACCAAAAAGAUUUAUCGUUAACCAAGAGAGUUUACAAUAACAAACCACAACAAGUUACCAAUUUGUCAGCAAGAACUUUUGGUACGUGGACAUUGAUAACCUCAUUGGUUAGAUUAUAUGGAGCUUAUAAUAUCACGCAACCACAAAUUUAUCAGUUGACUCAAUUGACUUUUGUUAUUGCUGCUUGGCAUUUCUUGACUGAGUGGUUGAUCUAUGGUACUACCAAAUUGGGUAAAGGUUUGGCUGGACCAUUGGUUGUUAGUAGUGUGAGUUUGGGUUGGAUGUGGUAUUACAAGGACUUCUAUCUGUUUUAA